AUGCCUCUCGACGAAGAAGGCGCCAAGUGGUCCUGUGAGCCAUGCAUUCGAGGUCACCGAUCGUCGAAAUGCCAACACUUUGACCGACUCAUGAUGAAGGUCCCUAAAGCUGGGCGCCCUCUGGCAAAAUGUCCUCAUCCGAAAGGAACUUGCAGCUGCCAGAAAACAUAUGCCGUGAUGGUCCGGAUACCAAAAGGCUCAUCCUGUCUAUGCCGACCAUUGUAUAAAGUUCCUAUGGAAGACAAUGAUUCAGCUCAGUCUCCACCUAACCUGGUUUCCUCAUCUUCCCCGGCCCCUGGCAAGGUUCAAAAGUCUGGAAGAAGACAAAGUACUAUGCAAGCAGCACCUGAAAAUAUAGCCAGGGCAUUAGAGAACAUGCCAAACAAUCUCAAGAUUGAGGAUGGACCGCAAAAUCUUGUAUCCAGCUUUUCUCAAAAUGGGCAAGAUCCAUAUGCAUCUGCUACACAAAGCCACAAGCCUAUAUCGCCCAAAGAGCUUUCCAGAGAAGCCUCACAGUCCCCUCCAGUAUCUAGCUGUUGUUCGAAAAAGGAGAAACCGGCUACUUCAGCCCCAGUUCCAUCCCCAGCUGCAGCUCCGGCUCAGAAUGGAGGAUCUUGCUGCGAGUCUCGCCCUUCCACAUCCGAGCCUCAGCACCCCAAAGCGGAAAAGCAGCAAUUCCAGCAACCUGCUAGUUGGGAUAGUCGGAAUCAAAUGUACAUGCCAUACGGUGUAUCCGAUAUGACUUCUUGGGGAAGCCAGCCGAUAUCUACUGAAGGGAACUACAUUCCCGCCAUGAGUACACCUUCCCAAGCACCAAUCUUCCAAAAUGGGUUCUCGCAGAAUGCGAUGCCUCCACCAAACCCUCAGCCAUCAGCAUCGAACGCAUAUUCUCUCAAUAUGGGCACGCAGCAGUCGAUGGGUUACAACAACCCAAUGAACGGUCUGGGAAUCUCGCAACCCUCCAUGGGUCCAUACAUGCUCAACCACUCCCAUACACCCUAUCCUAUGCAAGCAGCGUCAAGCGAUGACCCCUGUCACGAAUGUCGCUGUGGGGAAGAUUGCCAGUGUCUGGGCUGUGCUUCUCACCCGUUCAACACUACAACACGAAAGCAUGUCCAAGAGAUGGGCGCCAUGAUCACCUUCAACGGCGACGAGAAAAAUCCAGAAUCUAUCAACCCUUAUCAACCCUCACCCUUCCAGGGAGCUACACCUCCGGCUCCAUUCAACUAUUACAUGCAAGGCACCCCGUCUCUAGACCAAGGAUACCAGCAGAACCCCUUCGAAGGAUAUUCAGAUCCCAAUUCUGCCAUGCCAAGUGGCUACUCCUCUCCUUUGACUGGCUCAGGUCUGAACCACCAAUUGAUGCACCCUUCGGAGUACUACACUCUGGAAUACCCUGUCGGACUACCAAGUGCUUGCUCCGACGUGACAGGAAGCUGUCAAUGUGGAAGUGAUUGCAGCUGCGUGGGCUGUCUCACACAUAGCGGCCACAACGGCUUCUCUUUGGAUACGCCGAUUCUCGAAGUUCCAUUCCCGGAAACUACAGAACACCAACAAGGCCCUGCUCGUGCUCCGCAUACAAGCUCUGCUACUCCGACUUCACGAAUUCCCGUACUGGACAAUAUGUCUGUGCCAUGCCUCAGUCCGCGCACCUUGGAAACUUCUAUGAUUUAG